GUGACUCGGCAGCAGCGCGGCACGGGGGCGGCCCCGGCGGCGCGGGGCAAAGGCAGGACACGAGACUUAGUGCAUGCUGCUGCCGUGGCCUUGAUAAUGUUACACUGAUGGAAUCAUGCCUACAGCUGAAGAGCAUUCAAGUUUGCUGAAGGUACCUCAGAAUUGAAUUCUUCUUAAUACAGUGACCAUACAGGAUGAAAGAAAAAACGAUCUUCUGUUUUUCAAAUAUUUGAGUUUGUUCUUUGUAACAACAUGGGUUACUGUGAAAAGUGAAAGAAGAAUCUUUCUGGACACUUUAAAGAUAGCUGGUAGGCAUAGAAAAAUGUUUUGUUUGAGGCAGGUUUGCUUGUUUACACUGAGACAUUACCAAGCUCGGACUCUGAGCAGUGAUCUGCUUUUGAGCCAGAUAAAUAGCUGCACCCAUGAAGAUGAAGUGUUCAGCCUUGUUGGAAGGAACAAGGCCAGGCUUUCUGAAAAACAUGUGGGAAUUGCAUUGAACGUGCUGUGGCAAUUGCAAAAGAAGAAGCCACUUCUCUUAAGGACUAGUGACUAUAUAAGAAAUCACUCCCAGUUUCUCACCCUUUGCAUUUUAGCAGAAAACAAGGUGGAACACAUGGAAGAUGAGGCCAUAGUGGACACCCUCUAUAGUAUUCUGAGGCUCAAUGUUGAAGACCACGAUUCUCUAGCAGAAGUGCUUGUCACAGAAGCAUGGAAAAGAUUAGAAAGGCUUAGUUUGCCAGCUCUGUCUAAAUUCGCACUGUGUUUAUACAAGCAACGCAGACAUUUCAGUCCCGUAAUUGGCAAAGUAGCUCAUAUUGUGGACAUGAAACUGAAUUCUAUACAGGAUAUAAGGAUCUUGUCAGUUUUGAUGAUCAGCAUAUCUGAUGUUAUCUCACAGAGUUUUCGAGAUCGACUACUACACAAGGCUGGACAGCUCUUGGAAGAAAAGGAUGAAGUCCACUUCAACUAUGCCAAAAGAAUACUACAGUUUCUUCAAAAUGUUAAACUGAGAUAUCAUCCAUUGCUAGAAAAAUGCAACAAGAUUUUCCUUAAAAAUGCCUGUCGUCUUGAUAUACACAGUAUUAGUCUUAUCUUUGGACUGUAUGAGCAGCUGGGUUUUGACAAUGCUGAAUUCCGCUUAGUUGCUAAACAGCUGCUGUCUGAGACUAUAGAUGAUUGUUAUGAUCCUGAAACCUUUGCAAAAUUAUUUUUUACUCUUGCGCCUAUGGCAGGAUCCAGGGUAAGAGAAAGGUUGCUAGUAACCGCAGUGCGCAUGGCAGAAGAAUUUAGCAGUCACCAAGUAUUGGUAAUACUGAAGACGAUGCAGAAAAUGAAAUGCAGAAAUUCUCAUCUACUCAAAAAAAUGGCUUCUGUUCUCCACAAACACUUGGAUAGCUAUCAUGUAUUACAGUUGGUAAAGUUAGCGCAGUACUUGGUGGUGCUGCGUUGCCACAAUCUGGAGCUGUUUGCCAAACUAAAAAUGUUGCUAUUUGGUUUUUUAAAAUCUAGUGUCAUACCUGCUGACACUGCUGCAAUAAUUCGUGUUCUGGCCAUGCUUCCUUCCUUUCAAGUGGAGGAAAUCAUUAUAAACAAAGCAGCGGCAGUUCUGCCUCAAUGCAGGCUCCAUCAUUUGAAUUGCAUUGCUACAGCUGUUGUCAAAUGGAAUCAUUAUGACCAGUUGCACUGGCAAAACAGUUCUGAGCUAUGUGUAAAGCUUCUGCAAAAACUAAAUGACUGUGGAUUUCAGAGGCUUCAGAAAGCCAACAACUUAAAUCUUCUGUUGGAAGAACUUACACAUGUGAAUGGAGAGUGGUUUGCAGAAGUCCUCAGUGAGGAAACUAUGGCCAUGUGUCAAUGCUUGAUAGACCAAAUAACACGGGCAAAUGUAUUACAGUUGUCGUCUUUUCUCAUAAAAACAAACCACCGUUGUCCUUCAUUACUUGACAGAAUAGCUUCUGUGACUGUUGAAAAUAUAGACAAGAUCCACCCCUUUGAAAUCUAUUUUAUUCUUUUCCUUUUCUCUGCUGUGAAUUAUGACCCUCCUGCCAAUGAAGAGUUCUUUGAGAGUUGUAUCCAACAUCUUAUUUCUAAUUUGAGUUGUUUUGAAACUCACCACUUGGUGCUGCUUGGUCAUGUUUUGGCAGUGGCUGGGUAUUUUCCUCCAGUUCUGAUAACCAGGAUAUUUAAUGUUUCUUUCCUAAGCAAACUGGAUGCUCAACUUGAAGUCCUGCCUGAUACCCUAAAGCAGAGAGUCCGCUCACGCCUCAUGAAAUUGAACAGAGCAGUCUGUCUGGAAUGCCCAGAGUUUCACAUCCCUUGGUUUCAUGAGCACUACUGCCAGCGUGUCUUUCGUAACAGCAGUAGCCGAAUAAAUCCACUGCGACAGCAUGUUCACAGAAUGCUGAUAGAGAUCUUAGGAGGGAGCCAUUAUGCAAGAAUAUCUGUUCUGACACCAUACUACUAUGAAAUAGAUUUUGAGUGCAUUCUGGAUGAAAAUAAAAAGCCUCUUUCCUAUAUGGCUCAGAAUAUACCUUUGGAUGAUGUGGAGGGAAUACACUUGAGACUUGACAUCAAGGAUGAAGGGAGAAAGGCUCUGCCACCAGGAGCUCAGAGAAUUGCUUUGGAAUUUCUUGAUUCAAAAGCUUUUAGCAAAGAUUCACGUCACCUGAAAGGAGAACCUGCACUGAAAAAACGACACCUGGAAAUGCUGGGGUACCGGGUAGUUCAGAUUCCUCACUUUGAAUGGAAUUCUAUGGUUCUGUCAACAAAAGGUGAACAGCAAGAAUAUCUGAGAAAGCAUCUAUAUGGAGUACAGUGAUGUCAGACAUGCAGUCAAAAGUACUUUUUAUACAAAUACUUCAGGGACUUCCCACAAGGCUUAAGUGAUGAAAUUACACCGUGAUGACAUCUCUUCACAGAGGCCACUUCUUACAGGUCGCCUGGUCCCAUCGUCAGUAACGUGCUUUAUACAGAUGUGUUGUUCGCCAGCUACUCUCAUUUUUUCCCUAUAGUUUCCAAAACACAUACUCAUUUCAAGUGGCACUGAUGUAAUAAUUCGAGUUUAAAAAAAGUCACUGGAGCUCAUUAGCAUAAUUUCAGUUUUUCUGCCAAUUCACACCUAUGAACAUACAAAACAUACAGACAUCCCACUUCUGGAUAAUGUCAACAUCAAAACUAAUAGGCUAAUUUCUCUCUCGUUUGCGUGACUUGACUGUAACAAAAUAGAGUAACCCAAGACAAGAACCUGCAGAUUUUUCAGACUGCAAGAUGGAUGUGUUUCUGAACAAUGGAAGAGAAGAAUGUGCCAAACAUCAUGCUAACAAAAUGACCUUUACUUUGCUUUCUAUGGAAGGUAUAAAGUCCGAAAUUCCCUCAUAGAAUUACUUCUUGCAUAAUUCAUAAUUGUUAAUUUUGCAUAAUUUUGCAUUGUUAAAUUUUAUAAGCAAGUCUCUUUGGGAUAGUAUACAUUUAAAUGAAAGCUUUUGUUGUGAGGUUGAUGGCUGCAAUGCCACCUGUCAGUGAAGCCAGCACAGCCAAAUGUGUUUAUAUACAAUAGAAUUGCUUAUUAAUAAAAUAAAGGUGCACCCAGGACCACUUAAAAGUUUGAG